GGCCGAGGUGAGGGGCAGUUUUUCAGGCGGGGAGGGGGGUGCAGAGUAGAGGCGUCGUUCCCUACGGGCGAUUUCUGCCCUUUCCCCUGAGCGGGCCAUAGCGAGAAGUCCUCCGCCAAGCUUGCCUCUCUAGAGACUCCUCUCACGACCCCCCCUUUGUCCUCCCCUUCACCAAGGAGGCCUCCCUUCCCCUCGUCUAAUCAAUAAGUAGAGCCCCUGACCCUUUCCUCCAGUUUGCAUUAGGCGUUCAUAUUGCCGCCUCCCUCAACUAUUGCCUAUGGCCAGACUGGCCUUUUCAGUUUUCGCGAAGAAAACUUUUCCUCCUCCCCCUUCUUUCUGUAGUUGCACACACUAACUAACCCCUUCCAUGGUCCCAAGUUCAGUGGCCGGCCACCAGUUCUCAGGAAGAACCACCCCUUGCCCUUUUUUGCUCGCCUUCCUUUCCAGGCGCACCCCCUGAUCUGGUUUUCCAGAGCCCCUCCACCCCACCUCACAGACACUAACAUUGAAGUAAAAAGCACUUUAGCUCCUCUUUGUCGCUUGUAACCCUUAGGCUGUACGACCUCAUCUGGGCACCCCAAACCUUCCGUUCUCUUCUUCAUGCAUGCUUCCCUCUAACGAGUUUCUUCGUUGUGUCUUUUUGUUGAGUUCUUGGCCUUUACUGCUCUCCCUCCCCUCCAGCGUCCCGCUUACCUGUGGUGUGGCUGAGAGUUAAAUGUCCAACCUGCAAAAAAUCAACCCUUAUCCUCUGAAAAAGUCAGGUCUUGAAAUAAUAGUGUAAGGAACUCCGCCCCAUAAAAGAGAAUCCUUGUCUGCCCCUUUUUAAUCAAAGGCGUGCUCAACCAAGGGCUUCCUGGUAUCUGUGACAGAGUGGCAACUGGAUACUUUUCAUCCAUGCUUUGCCUUUUUUGUGCUUAAGUAGUUUUUCCAAUUAAAGCACCGAGGCAACUCUGUAACGAGCAGGGAGUGUGUUUGGCCCUACAAAAGUUUUAUCUACGCAGCUUUGUGGAGCUGUCACUUCGAAAGAGGCAGCACUUUGAUACCUCUUAGUACCUCAACACUUCCUUUCAUCAGGGAUAAAAAUAUCAGGUUUUUUUUUUUUAAAGGCUCAGAGGUAUGCUAGGGCUGCUAGUCUUCAGCCUGUUCCUCUACAGAAGGCCAAAAGGGGCCAGAUUUGCACCCUAGGUUUCGUUUGCUUGGCUCCUGCCUAUUUCAGCCUCUUGUUCUGUGGGGCAGCAAGGUUUGACUGUGCCCUUUUUAGCUUAGUUGGCUUUCCAGGCCUUUUGCCAUGGCUGGUGCCAUAGCAUCUCGGAUGAGUUUCAGCUCGCUGAAGAGAAAGCAGCCAAAAACCUUCACGGUGCGGAUUAUGACCAUGGACGCAGAGAUGGAGUUCAACUGUGAGGUGAAAUGGAAAGGAAAAGACUUAUUUGAUCUGGUAUGUCGGACAUUAGGCCUCCGUGAAACUUGGUUCUUCGGUCUGCAGUACAUGAUCAAGGACACUAUGGCCUGGCUCAAAAUGGAUAAGAAGGUCCUGGACCAUGAUGUUCCAAAGGAGGAGCCUGUCACUUUUCACUUCCUAGCCAAAUUUUAUCCAGAAAGUGCUGAAGAGGAGCUUGUCCAGGAGAUCACUCAGCACUUAUUCUUUCUUCAGGUAAAGAAGCAGAUCUUAGAUGAGAAGAUCUCUUGUCCACCUGAGGCAUCUGUUCUCCUUGCCUCCUAUGCGGUCCAAGCUAAGUAUGGAGAUUACGAUCCCACCGUUCACAAGCGGGGCUUCCUGGCCCAAGAGGAGCUGCUUCCCAAGCGGGUUAUAAACCUGUACCAGAUGACCCCAGAAAUGUGGGAGGAAAGAAUAACAUCCUGGUACGGCCAACAUCGAGGCAGAGCCAGGGAUGAAGCCGAAAUGGAAUAUCUGAAGAUUGCUCAGGAUCUAGAGAUGUACGGUGUGAAUUACUUUACCAUUAGGAAUAAGAAAGGGACUGAGCUACUGCUGGGAGUUGAUGCCUUGGGUCUGCACAUAUAUGACCCAGAAAACAAGUUGACCCCCAAAAUCUCCUUUCCGUGGAAUGAGAUUCGGAAUGUCUCUUACAGUGAUAAAGAGUUUACGAUCAAGCCAUUGGAUAAAAAAAUUGAUGUGUUCAAAUUCAACUCCUCCAAGCUGCGUGUGAAUAAGCUGAUCCUCCAGCUGUGCAUUGGGAACCAUGACCUGUUCAUGAGGAGGCGGAAAGCAGACUCUCUUGAAGUCCAGCAGAUGAAAGCACAAGCUAGGGAGGAGAAGGCCAGGAAACAGAUGGAGCGCCAGCGUUUAGCCCGAGAGAAACAGAUGAGAGAAGAGGCUGAGCGAACGAGGGAUGAGUUGGAGAGGAGGCUGUUGCAAUUAAAAGAGGAGGCAACAAUGGCUAAUGAAGCCCUAAUGCGUUCUGAAGAAACAGCAGAUUUAUUGGCUGAAAAAGCCCAGAUCACAGAAGAGGAAGCGAAACUCCUGGCUCAGAAAGCAGCCGAAGCCGAGCAGGAGAUGCAGCGGAUCAAGGCUACAGCCAUUCGGACAGAAGAGGAGAAACGGCUGAUGGAGCAAAAGGUGCUGGAGGCAGAGAUGCUGGCAUUGAAGAUGGCGGAAGAAUCUGAACGAAGGGCAAAGGAGGCAGAUCAACUCAAGCAGGACCUUCAAGAAGCUCGUGACUCUGAGCGGAGAGCCAAGCAGAAGCUUUUGGAAAUUACCAGCAAGUCAUCUUAUACACAGCCCAUGAAUUCAAGUACAGCCACACUGCCUGCAGAUUUGCCAACCUUCAGCCUCAUCAGCGAAAGCUUGUCCUUUGACUUCAAGGAUACAGACAUGAAAAGAUUGUCCAUGGAGAUAGAAAAAGAGAAGGUAGAGUACAUGGAGAAGAGUAAGCACCUCCAGGAGCAGCUGAAUGAACUGAAAACGGAAAUAGAGGCUCUGAAGUUGAAGGAAAGGGAGACAGCUAUGGAUAUAUUGCACAGUGAGAACAGCGACAGGGGGAAUAGCAAGCACAACACCAUCAAGAAGCCUCAAGCCCAGGGCAGAAGACCUAUCUGCAUUUGAGACUUCAAAGUAGGCUAUUCCAAGCUCACCUUGCAAAGCACAAAAUCCCGUGUGGCCUUCUUCGAGGAGCUGUAGGAAGUGAGCCAGCACUUUCAGUACUGAGCCAGGUCACACUCAGUGGAACCCGUUCAAGGACUCAGCUGCAACCUGCACCUGGUUGCCGUCUGGAUCGGGACCUUCUUCGCGCGCAGUGGAUUUUGGCUUUUCGCUGUCUGAGGAGUCCAGCAUGAUGCUCCUAAGCUUUAGUACCUUCUAGUUUUUAAUAAUCUUUGUAUAACACAUAGCUGUGAUAUAUCUUUUAGCUUUUUCAAGUGUUUGUACGGAUUGUAACUUGUAUUCUCCUCCCGAGACAAAAGGGCAUCACAGCAUUGUUCUUUUUCCCCAGCUGGCCCUCCUUAGGAGUGCUGUGAAGGAUGCUUCCCCCUGCAGGCAGAGAGGGGUGGCCUUUUGCUGACGCUCCCGUGUACAGAUUUUUAAUCCUAAUGUUUAGUGUCUACAGUUCUCUCUGAAAGCCCACAGUAUAUUCGUGGUACUUGUGCAAGAAGAUGAAAGCUUAACCCGGAUCUUCACUGAACUGCAUUGGAGUCUGAACUGGGAGCACUCCAACAUCCUUCAUGGACUCUCGCCCUCCUCUCUGAGCCGAUUUGAGGAGAGUGAUGUGCUGAGCUGUGAAGGAGCCCCACCUUGCUUUGUGUCUCACUCAGAGAAGACAAAAUUCCGCAAUGAAUUUGGUGCUUGGAGUGUUCAGCUUUCACUUUUACAGUUUGCUAUUUUGGGAUUAUUUUUAAAGGACGAACUGGGACAGCAGUUGGCAAGGAAAAAAGAGAGAGUAUGAGGUAUUGGGAGUUUGGAGGUUCAGCAGCUCUGACAAGGCACUGUGCAGGAUACAGAAUGUAUCUGUAUGCACACACAAACCUCAAGCACAAAGGAAGCUCUGCACCCCCCUCCCCAGUCCUCUAUGGAUUUUUACCUUUAACUCAUUUAUGUUUGCAUAUCUUUAGCCCCCUCCUGCCCUGUCCAACACCCAGAGCUGGAAGCUUGAUUUCAUAAAAAAAAAAAAAAGGCAGGUUUUAUGCUGCCCAAAACAGGUAGCCAUGCAGCUCACCUAAGCACAAGCCACUGUGAGAUUCUUGCCUAGUGGGCAAAAUGGGUAUAUUUCCCCACUCCUACUCUUCAUAUUCAAGCUUUUUUUAAAAAAAUAUAUAUUUUGUAAAAAAAAAAAUCACAAGACUCUUCUUUGGAAGCGGUCUUAGAUAAUUUUCUACCUUUCAGACCGUAGUCUCCUCUUCCACAUAGUAAGGGGCAUAAAAAUAUAAGGAGUUAGAAGUUGUAGAAGUCCUAACCCUGGAUAGAGUUUCUAUAAGGUUCAUAUAUUUGGUGCAAAAAUCCCAGGAGCAAUAGUUUCUGCCAGUACUACGCUCAUACAUGCAGUCCUGUCUAGCUCAGACAUCAUCUAAUCUGUCUGUAAAAGCUAGCAGAAGGCUGCACGUAUAUUAGCAUAGAUGUGGGAAAGAUUCUGGGAUUAUUGAUAGAAGCACAGCUCUUCAGGUGCCAAUGAUCCACUCAUAGUUUGAAUCUGGUUACCCUCAUGAAGAGAGUGAUCUAAUAUGGUCAGAUCCGUGGGAUCAUGCAGACAGUUGCCUGAUUCAGCCUCAGACACCCCAAUAACUGAAGCAUUGCUUUCUACUUAAACUGUUUUCUGGGUGACUGAGGAGAUGGGCCUUUGAGGUAAAAGAAAUUUGAGCCCCCCCCCCCCCCGCAACUAUCUCUGUUGCCAUUAUUAGUUGUGUUUUCAGAGCUGCUUUUGGAUGCCCAUUAAUUGUUAAACUGACAUCUUCAUGCUUGCACCCUGCAUGCAUUGACUCCUCAGUGUUGUACACUUAUAUCUACCUGAGAAACCCACAAGACUUGCAAUAGGAUUGGUUUAAGUUGUCCAAGAUGGCUGCCUUGGGUGUUACUGAACUGAUGUCUGGCUACUUUUAACUGGGCCAAGGCUGCCAAGUGGUCUCCCUCUCACCAUCCUCCACUUUCUGUCAAUCCAGCCAUUCUUAAAUGAUCAAUUUUUUAUUCAAGCCUUUCAGAAGUUACUUGUGUCCAGAAGUGUAGCUGUGGGGGAGGGGGGGCGUUGGAGGCAGUGCCUCCCAUCAAAUCUCCAGCAGUCUUCACUGAAAGGAAAAGCUGGGGAAAUUUGGGAAGGCAUGUGACAGAUUCAAUAGGGGGCACUACCCCCAGCACUCCCCCCACCCCCCCCGCCCGCUGGUUACAGCACUGCUUGUGUCCACUCGACAAUUAUGUUUUAGCAAAAUAUCAAGUUGCUCCUUUUUCAUUUCUCAGCAUUGUGAUUAGGCUAAAGCUAGACUGAUUGAGUUCAGAUAACCCCAGUAGUCACAGUCUUUAAUUUUAUGCUAGGGCUCCCCAGCAUUGUGCCUUCAAAAUGGUUUCAGGAGUAGGUCUGGAAACAAGGCUUGCUGUGUGCCUUACUGAUUGUAGGAGAGGAGUUUCAGAGUGCUUUCCCCACCGCAAUGGAAGGAUGCCUUUGCACUUUAUGCUUUUGAUUUGAAGGAAGGAGGCACAUAUUUGUUGACACACGAUUUCAGGGAGCUACAAUAUUGUUCCUGGGUGGUGUGCACAUGCAUAUUUACAUAUGUGCAUCUUCCCAUCAGAUAAUUCAGUAGCUGGUUGCUUUUCAACAACUGCACUGCAGAUCAAGUCCAGAGCAGGGGACUGUGAUGCUCUAAAAGGUGAUGCCCCCCUUACACUUUGGUUUGGCUUUGCCUCUAGUCUGUACAACCAGGCUGCAGAUAAUAGCACAGCACUGAAGUAGGAGGUAGGCAUGCAGUCUGGAUUCUCUGCCAUAUCCAGGUCCGCAAGCCCUUCUGCUCUGCUCCAGGAGGGCCAAAAACCUGCCUGCUCAGUUAAAUUCUGACACCCAUGCAACAGACUGGCCCUCCUAUUUUCAAACGAUAUCUCAUGACAUAAGGGGAAUAUGCUGUUUGCUGCCGAAAGCAUGAAGCAGCCCUGAACUCUGUUACAGAGCAGGGUCUCUGGCUUGGGUGUGGCAUAAUCUCCAGAUAAGCCUGACUCCACAGCACUCGUCUCUUAAGCAUUGCCACUCUAGGUACCAGGCAUAAGUUUUAAAAAGUUUUUGUUUAAAAAAAAAUUAAAAUUUGGCCCAGCUUUUCAACCCAAGGGUUGAUGCAGUAAGCCUUGCUUGUCCUGACUUGUUUUAGCAUUUGGGUUUUCUCAGUACUUUUUAUUUUUAACCAUAUCCCCAUCUGUACUGAAUCUCUGGAAAAUACGUAUGUCUGAAAUCCAAAUGUCUGAGGCAACCCCUACCCUCACCCCCAGUAAUCGUAUCUCCUUAUACAAGAUCUGGUACAGGUAGAUGCUAUAAUUUUUUUUUAUUUCCAUGGAUUGUUAUAUAUUCUGCAGAUCUAAUUGUUUUCUCAUUUAGGUUUAAUAAAAAAAUCCUGAACAUUUGGGGAGAGAGAAAA